AUGGCGCCCCGCAGCAUCCGGGUACGCUGGGCGCGGCCAUGGCUCGGCCCGGGCCCCGCCCCCUCCGUCCGUCCCGCGCCGCCCAUUGGUCGGCGGCAGUUUCUGCGGGGCCGCGGCGCCCCCUGGCGGCGGAGGCGCGCUCUCUGCUCAUCCCUGGGAAUAAUCUCUGACAUCACCGAGGAGUCAGAGUCUGAGAACAAGCUGGAUGGAGAGACAGCGUCAGACAGCGAAAGCAAAUCUGAGUUUGGGGGCUCAUCCCCAGUGCCCACCUCAGAUGACACCCCAGAGGUGCUGAACAGGGCUCUCUCCAACCUGUCCUCAAGAUGGAAGAAUUGGUGGGUGAGAGGCAUCCUCACUCUGGCAAUGAUCACCUUCUUCUUCAUCAUCAUCUACCUGGGCCCCAUGGUCUUGAUGACAAUAGUGAUGUGUGUCCAGAUCAAAUGUUUCCACGAGAUCAUCACCAUUGGUUACAACGUGUACCACUCCUACGACCUGCCCUGGUUCAGGACACUCAGCUGGUACUUCCUGCUGUGUGUGAACUAUUUCUUCUAUGGGGAGACAGUGACAGAUUAUUUCUUCACCCUGGUGCAGCGGGAGGAGCCCCUGAGGAUCCUCAGCAAAUACCAUCGCUUCAUUUCCUUCGCCCUCUACCUGACAGGUUUCUGCAUGUUUGUCUUGAGUCUGGUGAAGAAACACUAUCGCCUCCAGUUCUAUAUGUUUGGCUGGACCCACGUCACGUUGCUGAUUGUCGUGACCCAGUCCCACCUCAUCAUCCACAACCUGUUUGAAGGAAUGAUCUGGUUCAUUGUCCCCAUCUCCUGCGUGAUCUGCAAUGACAUCAUGGCCUACAUGUUCGGCUUCUUCUUCGGCCGCACGCCGCUCAUCAAGCUCUCCCCAAAGAAGACCUGGGAGGGUUUUAUUGGAGGAUUUUUUUCCACCGUUCUGUUUGGAUUGCUGCUGUCCUACGUGAUGUCGGGGUACCGCUGCUUCACCUGCCCCGUGGAGUUCAACAACGACACCAACAGCUUCACCGUGGACUGUGAGCCCUCUGAGCUGUUCCAGCUGCAGGAGUACAACAUCCCUGUGGUGCUGCAGUCUGUGCUGGGCUGGAAGACGGUGCGGAUGUACCCCUUCCAAAUCCACAGCAUCGCCCUCUCCACCUUCGCCUCCCUCAUCGGGCCCUUCGGCGGCUUCUUCGCCUCUGGCUUCAAGAGGGCCUUCAAAAUCAAGGACUUUGCCAACACCAUCCCGGGGCACGGGGGGAUCAUGGACCGCUUCGACUGCCAGUACCUGAUGGCCACCUUUGUCAACGUCUACAUUGCCAGCUUCAUCAGAGGCCCCAACCCAAGCAAACUGAUCCAGCAGUUCCUGACCCUGAGGCCAGACCAGCAGCUGCACAUCUUCAACACUCUCAAAGCACACCUGGUGGACAGGGGAGUUCUGGGGAGCCUGGAGGAUGCAUAGACAGGAGGUGGUUGGAACAGGACUGAGAACAGACAGGCCUCCUCCAGGGAAUUCCUGGCUUGCCUGAUCUAAGACAAUAACAAGGCCUCAUUUCACUGUAACUUUUCUUCCUUUCUUGGUAAAUGUUUGCAUAUGU